AUGCACUUGCCUCGUAUCAAAGAAGCCAUCGAAUUGAGGGCUAUGUACAAAGAUCGCAUUCUGUACGUCCCAUUUUCAACUCUAGAGUCUUACUUCUUCUAUUUAGACGAGAUAAGUCGACAAUUGGUACCAUUGAAAUCACGAGCAUUGUUAUACUUAGCCGCAGCAGUCUCAGAUUUCUACAUCGAAGAAGAAAAGAUUGCCAACGCCACAAAAUUCAAUCGGACUAUAGAAACCGAUGAUUCCAUACUGAUUUCAAAAGCACGCGGUGCGUUGGAGAAAUACAAGCAUCAGUUGGUUAUCGGAAAUAUUCUACAAACCAGAAAAGUUCAUGUGGUUUUGGUGGAUGCCCACAACACGGAAGACAUCGACUUGAACCAGAGAUUCCAGUCAAUUCAGGAGCAAAUGAAAAACGGUGUGGAAAUUGAAGAGAAGAUCAUUGCAAAGGUCAAGGAGCGUCACAUCGAUUUCAUGAAGAAUCACGGAUGUUGA